CAAGAGAUCUGCAAUAAUUUGCGUAUACUUCUGUUACUUCUUUAUUUUCAGAUUGUCCAAUUUUUUGUUAUUGACAAUGAACAUUGUUCUUUGUUAAUUUUUAAUAAUCCUUUUAUUAUAAUUAAAUAUUUUCAGUCAUGUUUUCGUUAAUGAACUAUGUUUUAAUCCUUGGCCUUUUUAAUCAAAUGAUUACUAUAAAUGCUGAAGAAGAAAAUUGCACUGACUUUCUGGGAGAGGUAGUCUCCCAUGGAUUGUUAUAUGUACCUGGCCCAAAUGUGUGCUCAUUGUGUGUUUGUUAUCACAAAGAACCCAAAUGGUGCAAAACAAUUUAUUGUGAUGGUCCGCCCUAUAAAAAAUGCUCAAAAUUCCUGUCAGGUAUAAGGUGCUGUGAAUUUGAAUGUAUUGAUGAAACAGAAGAAUGGGAUGAAUUUGUUAAUGGAUUCAACUUUAAUACAAGUGAAAGAAUUACUUCAGAAUCUCUGUUUUGGGUGCUCACUUUGGUUACUAUUUUUUACAUUCAUUGAUCAUGUUUUUUUUUUUU